UCGCCUUCCGCCCGCUGCUUGUGCCAGAGUGCUGCGAGUUCUUUUCUUGCUAUUCUACAGGACGUGCUCGUCUGAUCGCUGACGUUUGGCGUCCGAGUGUGUGUCUGCUUCGGUGGUGCAGCAUGGCGGGGGGAGGGGAGGGGCGGGCCCCCAAGCGGCGGGGUUUGCCUUCGGGUAUUAAAAACAAGGUGAAGCGGGGCGAGGUGCACGCGCGGGUGCAGCAGGAGAAGAAGAAGGAGAAGAAGCAGCGGGUGCUCAAGAGGAAAAAGGAGGAAGAGGCGGCCGUCGCGCUGGGCGAAGCGCCACCCCCGAAGAAAAUCCCCCGGACCAUUGAGGGGACACGCGAGGUGGACGACACCCUGGUGCGCCCGGAUGAUCAGGAGCUGCAGGCGGAGGAGGCGCAGGACGAGUUCAGCGGCCACUUUGCGCGUGCGGUGGCGCCCAAGGUGCUGGUGACCACGUGCCGGCGCCCGUCCAAGGGCCUGCUGCGCUUUGUGGCGGAGCUGCUGGGCCUGCUCCCCGGCGCGCACUUCUACAAGCGCGCCGACUACGCGGUCAAGCAGAUGGUGCAGUACGCCACCGCGCGCGGCUUCACUGCGCUGCUCGUGCUGCACGAGAACCGCAAGCGGCCCAACGGGCUGCUCCUCGUCAGCCUGCCCGCGGGCCCCACCGCGCACUUCCGCCUCAGCAGCCUCAAGCUGCGCGCCGACAUCCCCGGCGCGGGCCGCCCCACGCGCCACAUCCCCGAGCUCAUCCUCAACAACUUCUCCACGCGCCUCGGCCUGCGCGUCGGCAGGCAGCUGGCGUCGCUGUUCCCGCAGGCGCCGCAAUUCCGCGGGCGGCGCGUGGUGACGUUCCACAACCAGCGCGACUACAUCUUUGUGCGGCACCACCGGUACAUCUUUGAGGAGCGCGGCGGGCGCAAGGGCGGGGCCGACCCUGGCGCGCCCGUGCUGGCGCGGCUGCAGGAGUGCGGGCCGCGCUUCACGCUCAAGCUGCUCAGCCUGCAGAAGGGCACCUUCGACUCCAAGGCUGGCGAGUACGAGUGGGCGCACAAGUCGGACAUGGACACGAGCCGGCGGCGCUUCUUCCUGUGAGCUGGCUGCAGGCGCGGGGCCAGGCACCGCGGACCCUGAGCAGGCUAGCGAGCCUGCGCAACCGAUGACGUGCCGGCAGAACCCUCGAACAACUCCGUUUGGGUGAACCGCAGAGAGAGCGGAUCCUGCCGUUGAGGUGCUCUGUGCUAUUAGUCUAGUUGGCAAAGAUAAGACACCCGAGUUCCUCGUGCUGCGGGUGAAGGGCUUCACACAGUGGAACGAGCUUGUGUCGUUUACAUGACUGUUGUACACCUGAGUUCGGCUCCUCUGUAAUUGCCGGCUUUAAU